GCUGAGGCGGCGAAGGGCCCCGCCCCGGGGCUCCAUUGUUGAGGCGGCCGCAGCUGUGCCGGCUGCGGGCAGUGCUGCUCUCCACCGGCGUCGCGGGCAGGCGGUCUGAGCAAUGGAAGAGUUAAUAGUUGAACUUCGCCUCUUUCUGGAGCUCCUGGACCAUGAGCACCUUACAUCGAGUGUGAGGGAGAAAAAGGCUGUGCUCACCAACAUCCUGUUGAGGAUACAGUCGUCCCGAGGCUGUGACGUGAAGGACCAUGCUCAGAAGCAAGAGACCAGCAGCCUGCCUGCGCCCCCUCAGAUGCCGCUUCCAGAGAUCCCUCAGCCGUGGCUGCCUCCUGACAGUGGGCCGCCACCCUUGCCCACAUCCUCGCUCCCCGAGGGCUACUACGAGGAAGCUGUGCCGCUGAGCCCUGGGAAGGCUCCUGAGUACAUUACGGCAAAUUAUGACUCGGAUGCCAUGAGCAGCUCCUAUGAAUCGUAUGAUGAAGAUGAGGAGGACGGAAAGGGGAAGAAAACUCGGCACCAGUGGCCCUCGGAGGAGGCCUCCAUGGACCUGGUGAAAGAUGCCAAGAUCUGCGCCUUCCUGCUGCGCAAGAAACGCUUCGGCCAGUGGACCAAACUGCUGUGUGUCAUCAAGGACACCAAGCUUCUGUGCUAUAAAAGUUCCAAGGACCAGCAGCCUCAGAUGGAAGUGCCACUCCAAGGCUGCAACAUUACAUAUAUCCCGAAAGACAGCAAAAAGAAGAAGCAUGAGCUGAAAAUCACCCAGCAAGGCACAGACCCCCUUGUUCUCGCAGUCCAGAGCAAGGAGCAGGCGGAGCAGUGGCUGAAGGUAAUCAAGGAAGCCUACAGUAGCUGCAGUGGCCCCACAGAUUCAGAGUGUGCUGCCCCACCAGGCCCAGUGCACAAGGCAGAGCUGGAGAAGAAACUGUCUUCAGAGAGACCCAGCUCCGACGGAGAGGGCAUCAUGGAAAAUGGGAUCACCACAUGUAACGGGAAAGAGCAGGUGAAGAGGAAGAAAAGUUCCAAAUUGGAGGCCAAGGGAACUGUAUCUAAAGUCACUGGGAAAAAAAUCACCAAGAUCAUCGGUUUGGGAAAGAAAAAGCCCUCCACAGACGAGCAGACCUCAUCUGCAGAGGAGGAUGUUCCUACCUGUGGCUACCUGAAUGUGCUCUCCAAUAGCCGCUGGCGGGAACGCUGGUGCCGCGUGAAAGAUAGCAAGCUCAUUUUGCACAAGGACAGGACUGACCUGAAGACUCACAUUGUCUCUAUCCCACUCCGCGGCUGCGAGGUGAUCCCGGGCUUGGACUCCAAGCAUCCACUGACCUUCCGGCUGCUUCGCAAUGGGCAGGAGGUUGCUGUGCUGGAGGCAUCUUCUUCUGAAGACAUGGGCAGGUGGAUUGGGAUCUUACUGUCUGAGACAGGGUCGUCAACGGAUCCAGGAGCCCUGCACUAUGACUACAUAGACGUGGAGAUGUCCGCAAAUGUCAUCCAGACGGCCAAGCAGACCUUCUGCUUCAUGAACAGGCGCUCAGUGUCCACCAGCCCGUACCUAGGGAGCACCUCCAACGGCUAUGCCCACCCCAGCGGGACUGCACUGCACUAUGAUGACGUCCCUUGCAUCAAUGGCUCGUUCAAGGGCAAAAAGCCCCCAGUGACAUCUAAUGGGGUUCCUGGAAAAGGGAAGGCUCCAAGCAGUCAGCAAAAAAAGGCAGACUCUGUGGCCGGCAUGAAGCGGACAGCAUCAAAUGCUGACCAGUACAAAUACGGCAAGAACCGGGUAGAGGCGGAUGCCAAGCGGUUACAGACCAAAGAAGAGGAGCUGCUGAAGAGAAAGGAGGCCCUGAGGAACAGGCUGGCGCAGCUCCGGAAGGAGAGGAAAGACCUUAGGGCCGCCAUUGAAGUGAAUGCUGGCAGGAAGACACAAGUGGCCCUGGAGGACAAGCUUAGGAAGCUGGAGGAGGAAUGUAAGCAGAGGGAGGCGGAGCGGGUCAGCCUGGAGCUGGAGCUAACUGACGUCAAGGAGAGCCUGAAGAAAGCCCUGGCCGGUGGCGUCACUUUGGGGCUGGCCAUUGAGCCAAAGUCAGGGACAUCGAGUCCACAGUCUCCCGGGUUCCGGCAUCGGACUCUGGAGAACUCGCCCAUAUCCAGCUGUGACACAAGUGACGCCGAGGGCCCCCUGCCAGUGAACAGCGCAGCUCUCCUGAAGAAGAGCCAGCCGGCUGCGGGCAGCUCCCCAUGCCGUGGGCACGUGCUGAGGAAGGCCAAGGAGUGGGAACUGAAGAACGGGACAUAGAGGGAGGCCAGGCUGCCCCAGCUUCAGGUAGAGACUGCGCACCGCCACCCAGUCUCCCUCGUGUGACGGCGACUCCCCACAGCACCAAGCCUGGCUUCAGAGGUUGGCGACUGCCUUCUGCUACCCACACCUCCGCCCAGCUGGUGUAUGUUCUUUCUGCUGUAUAAUGGUGCCCUUCAGAAACGAUGACUUGUAAGACUUUGGUGUCCAACUUUAUUUGUUAGAAAGCAGAAGCGAAAAGAGGUGAUAAGCGGUCAUAGAAGAAGCCUGUGGCAGAUGGAGAAGUCACCUCUCUCUGACCACUUACACAGCUCUGACCAGUCUCAGCCCGAUUCCCACCUGCACAGGGGAUGGACCACAGGUUGGACAGGAGCAGCCUGCAGCCCACUGCAGCCAUGCCUCCCCGUGUUCCAGCCCUUCUGCCCAGAGCUGGGGCCAUGUGGACAACAUGCCUGCAUCCCCUGUGCCGGCCUCUUGUCUCUGU